GAAAUUCUUACUUGAAAACUUAUUUUGUUCCGUAUUUUGACGAUUUCUUAUCAGUUUUUUUUCUUUUCGAUUUUGCAUUUUGUAAUUUUUUCCUUUGACAUUCCGUAGUGCAUAUAUUUCGGUGUGAAUAAAAAAAACGAUCGAAAAAUGAGUGUGAAAGCGAAAAUUGGUCCAUCAAUUUUGAAUGCCGAUUUAUCACAAUUGUACGAAGAAUCGGAAAAAUUACUGAAAAAUGGUGCCGACUAUUUACAUCUAGAUGUUAUGGACGGAACUUUUGUACCUAACCUUACUUUCGGUCAUCCAGUUGUUAAGUGUUUGCGCUCUAAAAUCAAGGAUGCAUUUUUUGAGACGCAUAUGAUGGUUCAACGGCCCCAACAAUGGAUAGAGAGUAUGGCCGAUGCCGGUGUUGAUCAGUAUACAUUUCACAUUGAGCCAGUACUCGAUGACGUCGAUGAAAUUUGCCGAAAGGUUCGCGAAGCCGGCAUGAAAGUUGGCCUUGCUAUUAAACCGGGCACCGAUCUCGAAGCAGUCACCAAAUACAUUCCAAUUGCUGAUAUGAUUUUGAUUAUGACUGUUGAACCUGGAUUUGGUGGUCAAAAAUUCAUGGCCAAUCAAAUGCCAAAAGUGGAAUGGCUACGUAAGAACUAUCCAUCGCUUGACAUUGAAGUCGACGGCGGCGUUGGACCAGAAACAAUUCAUCAGUGUGCUAAGGCUGGAGCAAAUAUGAUAGUGUCAGGUACUGCUGUUAUUCGUUCGGAAAACCAAAAGGAAACCAUUUCCUAUCUCCGAAACUCAGUUCAGAGUGCAAUUGAUGCAUGAAUUUAAAAUACUUAUACUUUGAAUGCUCAUUUUUUUUACGUUCUAUACAAUGUUCGGACUUUUGUUAAAUAAAAGCAAAUAAAAACAAAA